ACACACAACCAAUAAAGACCCCAAACCCGUUGACCCCACUUAUCCAAACAACUACCAAAAGGACGACAAAGCCUCUUUGGUCAACAUGCAACCUGGCUACCCAGAAUCCCCUGUACGACCCCGAAGGAGUCGCCACAAUAUAUUUUGUAAUUCAAUUUAGCUGCAUGAAUAAACCGAACCUAGCUGUCGGUACGAUGAAAAAUCUUAAAAUGUAUACAUAGUCUAAUAUAGUUCCUAUUCCAUUCCACAACAUGGCUUUGAGUCACGGGCAUGUAACCCGGAAAUGAGCUGGAGGAUGGACGGGUUGAACGAGAGACUACAGAAACGGAGAGAGCGAGAGGAGACGUUACGGCGCGCGGCUUGUCAAGACGGAUACUAAAGCACCCCGGGGGGUCUCAGUAGAGAUGCGGAUUUGUUAACAUUCAAUGCAGAACAACCAUCAAUGAAGAAGACCGUUUCAUAUUUUUCCUGAAACUUAUUUUUUUGUUGUUCUUUAACCGUGAGGGGGACGCACGACGAUGUACGACCCGGAGGGCGAACUAUAUUUUGCGCUUCAAUAAGUGAAGACCUGCCGCAUCCAGACACGACAGGCCAAUGUCUUUUUCCGUUUGGGCUAACUUUACCACACAUGUUGUGUGCGUCCGCAUACUCCUAGCCUCAUUUAUUUGAAAAUAAGGGUGCGGGGAGAUCCAAGAAUACACUGUGUGCUACUUGCGAAAAAUAUGAAGUGAAGAGGGCAAUAUGCAAGUUAUUUCACUUUACUCUGGUGUGUGGCGGAUUACUUAACUACCGACGAGUCAUCUGUGGCCGCUGAUCACUGCCCGGGCGGAUCUCCCUCCAGGACCCAGAACGACAACAUUGAAUGUCUUUGUGACAUCCGCCACUUGGAAGAAUGACAGUCACACUAGACUUUGAAGAGUGCCUCAAAGACUCACCUCGCUUCAGAUCUGAGAUUGAAGUCGUUCAGGGGGAUGUGAGUGAACUGGAGACACGACUAGAUAAGUUGAUCAAGCAAUGCCACAACAUGCUGGAGGCCGGCAGGGUCUACUGCCAGACCAGCAAGAGCUUCGUCAACGGCCUCCAGGAGCUGGGACGCCACUACUCCUCCGACAACCUGAUGAAGGAAUGCAUCGACAAAUUCUCCAAAAAGCUCCUAGACAUCGUGGAGGCCAAGGGGGAAGUGAUUAGUGCAACCCAGGAGACGGUCAGGAUGAAGCUGCAGAGCUUUGUGAAAGAGGACGUGCGCAAGUUCAAGGAAGUGCGCAAGGAGUUUGAGCGCAGCAGCGAGAGCCUGGAGGGGGCGCUGUUGAAGAACGCCCAGGUGGCGCGCGGGAAGCCCCACGAGGUGGACGAGGCCAGCAACUCGCUGCUCAGCGCACGCAAGACCUUCCGCUCGGAGGCACUGGACUACGUGCUGGAGAUCAACGUCAUCGAGGCCAAGAAGAAGACUGACAUCCUCAUGGUGAUGUUGUCAUUGAUCGAGGCUCAGGCGCAGUUUUUCCAAUACGGCCACAAGUCUCUAUCAGAACUUGAGGACUUUAAACGCUCGCUCGGGGAAGAGCACACCCAGUUAGUGUUAAACUCUGCCCGGGAGAAGAGAGACAUGGAGCAGAGACACGCGGCCAUUAAGAAGAAGGACAUGUCCUACGAUGACUCCAUCAUGGACUUUAACGCGGAGGCGGCCAACGGCAUCGUGAUGGAGGGCUACCUCUACAAGAGGGCCAGCAACGCCUUCAAGACCUGGAGCAGACGCUGGUUUUCAAUUCAGAAAAAUCAACUGGUGUAUCAGAAGAAAUUCAAGGACCAGCCCACGGUGGUGGUGGAGGACCUGCGUCUGUGCACGGUGAAGCCCAGCAGUGACGAGAGACGCUUCUGCUUUGAAGUGGUCUCCCCUUCCAAGAGCUGUCUGAUGCAGGCUGAUACAGAGAGACAGCAGCAGGCUUGGAUGAGGGCCGUGCAGAACAGCAUUGCCUCGGCCUUCCAGGAGCGCCGAGAGGACCCACACAGCCCUAGGGAGCGCUGCAACUCCACCUCAUCGGGGGUCGGUGGGGGGCUGCCCGGGGAGCCGGGGGAGGGCCCCGCGCGGCGGGACGCCCUGGACGAGGUGCAGGCCAUCGCGGGGAACAAGCAGUGCUGUGACUGCGGGGAGGCGGGCCCCGACUGGGCCUCCAUCAACCUGGGCAUCACCCUCUGCAUCGUCUGCUCCGGCAUCCACCGGAGCCUGGGCGUUCACUUCUCUAAGGUGCGCUCCCUCACUCUGGACUCCUGGGAGCCUGAACUCAUCAAGCUGAUGUGUGAGCUGGGGAACGACGCCAUCAACCGCAUCUACGAGGCGCGCAUCCAGGAGAUCACCAUCAAGAAGCCCCACCCCACCAGCCCCAGGGGGGACAAGGAGACGUGGAUCCGCUCCAAGUACGUGGAGAAGAAGUUCAUCCAGAAGCUCCCGGAGGCGGGGGGCGGCGGCCUCCCCCUGCUGCGGCGCGCUAGCGGCCGCCGCACCCGGGCCUGCACCCACGACCGCUCCCUGAGGCCCCCGCUCAAACCCAAGCCCGGGCGCGCCACACUGCCACGGCUCUCAGGGCCAAGCAACAAUGACCUUGCCCCCAAAAAGAAUAAUACAGGCUUUCACAAAGCUGAGGAAGGCCAGCAGCAGCAGCAGGAUGAGGAGGAGGAGGAGGAGGAGGAGGAGGAGGACCUCAGCACCCUGCACCCCGGGGCUCUGCUGUACCGCUCGGCGGGCCGGCCCAACUUCCUGGUGAUGGCGGACGCCCUGGCCCACGGAGCCGACGUCAACUGGCUGAACGCCGCCAAAGACUCCCGCAGCCCCCUGCUGCAGGCCGUGACCGCGAACUCCCUGGCGGCGUGUGAGUUCCUGCUGCAGAACGGAGCGAGCGUCAACCAGGCCGACGCCCACGGCAGAGGACCCCUGCACCACGCCACCGUGCUGGGCCACACCGGGCUGGUGUGUCUGUUCCUGAAGAGGGGCGCCGACUACAAUGCCAAGGACAAGUACCAGAAGGACCCCAUCGGCAUCGCCGUGGAGAACGCCAACGCCGACAUCGUCACCCUGCUGCGCAUCGCCAAGAUGAACAAGGAGAUGCGGGAGACGGAGGGAGGGUUCGGCCAAUCAGGGGACGCGACGUACCAAGACAUCUUCCGGGACUUCUCGCACAUGGCGUCGAACAACCCAGAGAAGCUGAAGCGACGCAGCGCCGAUCCAAAGUCCUAGAGCGAACACACACACACACACACACACACACACACACACACACACACACACACGUUGAGUCAUAGGUCAGCUGCUGUGUUGACUCCAUGGGAGAAUGAAGAGAGGUCCCAGCACAGUGGACUCUUUUGUGUUUACUGGUCAAACAAGAGGACUAAUGUUUGAUCAGUUCACACCAAAAAGGAAAAAGGAUGGUGGGCUUCCAGGGAAAUGGCUUCUGAGGGAAAAGCAGCAUUUGAUAUGUAUGACAGGUCUGGGAUGACUUGCCAUAGCUACGGCCUGGAUACACCAGCCAAAACAACUCCUUCUAACAAUGUGUUUUUGGUAUUGAUUUAUUUUAUGCCGUCUUUUUUUUUUUUUUUUACUGUCGCCUACAAAUAAAAUGCAAUGCAUGAUCCUUUUAGUCCGUUUCGAGGUUGCUUGCUUCCGGUGGUUCAUGGUUCAUGUCAGCGGUUGGAUUUGAUUACGCCGCCAGAUGACUGCCUAACUGCACACGAGCGGCCUCUUGUGGCCAGAGUAGCGCCCCGCAUAUGGGACGCUUUUUGGUAGGUGACGUUGUAAGAGCAACAAAAAAUCUGCUCUUAGAUCUAUAUAUCUUCAAGCCAGGUAAUAGUGCGAGCUUUUUCAAUUUUGGUUAACUAAUACAGACAACAAAGAUGGAGCUAAAAUUUAUGGUUGAGACUGUUGAGUCAAUAUGUUAAAGAGAAAAUAAUGCCUUUCUUUUAUUUUAGUUAAAGUUAAAGUUGAAAUAUGUAUUUGGGGACGCUCAUGUCUUUAUCAAAAGAAGAUGAGGAAAAUAAAUAAAAGUCUUGGUUUGAUAACGUCUUGUAGCAGCGUGGGUCCAUGGGUGUUGUUGUCUUCACAACUAUUGAUCUGAGACGACUCCGCAGCCAACAUGUUCACCGACGAUGUAACGUAUGUCAUUUGGUGAAAAACGAGUUUGAUCCUUUGUGGUAUGGUCGUCUCGGGCUAGGGAUGACUCGGUUUUGCAUUUGAGCUUAUUUCUAAACUGUUCGGACAGACUCUGCGUUGUGUAUUUUCAGUCGUAGUAGUAAUUCUUGAAGUCGAAAUCAAAGCAGCUUGACAGGUUGGAUCAGAGGGUUGAAUAGAUGGUUUAUUCCAGGAUGUAAUGCAGCGAGAUACAGAUUUAGGUUGAAUAAUCUAUAGUGGACCCGGUGGUCGAAACCGCCUACUUGCUUACUACCUACUAAAUAUUUGGCUUACUUCUCGAAUCCUUAAAUAAUGAUUGAGUAAUCCAUUUGAGUAAUCGACGUUCAGAAGACCGUCCUUACUUAACCACCUCAGAUGACGUGAAUCAAAUGACGGGUCAAUAACCUACCGGCCGGGCGCCGUUAAAGGCACCCAUGCCCCUUUCACACCGCCGCAAAAUCGGGGCCGGUGUAAGUACCAUAUUGGCUCGGCUACCAGAUCGGCUCGGGGUCCGUCGUCUGCUGAUUACGUCACACAAUACGCUAUCUACAGCAAUAAGGUCUUUUAUGGCUUAAAUUAAAGAGCCUGUAAUGAUCUUUCAUUUUGAACAUAGACCAUUCCCAACCUAUCUGUAUGGAUAGUUUUCUUCUAAAAACAAAACAUCCCUCGGAAUCAUCUUGGCUGUUAAGAUAAGCCGUCCGUGUUGCCAGAUUGGGCACAUUUUCAGCCUGAUUUGGCUACUUUGAAUCACGUUAGGCUGGAAAAACGGGAUAUAUGCCCAAUCUGGCAACACAAACCGAAACUAGACAGACCUACUCGCGCUCACACAUGUGCUCGCUGUGGUUGCUAUGACGACAGCCAGAGCAACAGCACAAAACAGCCAAUCACAACUGUCCCUUAGCAGCCAAUCACAAUGUAGCCUACGCCCAUUCAAGCGUACAGCCAAUGAUAUUGUGUAACGUAAUCAGCAGACGACGGACCCCGAGCCGAUCUGGUAGCCGAGCCAAUAUGGAACUUACACCGGUUCCGGGCCAGUUCGGAGCUAGGGCCAGGGCUUUGGUUUCACACCGCCAAAGAACCGGCUCCGGCCCCUAAAAAUCGGUUCAACUCUGGCCCCACUUUAGAGCUGGGCUAGAACGAGAACCGCUUUUACGCAGGGGGCAGGGGGCGGAGUUAUCCGUACCUUCAUAAACACGAAGACCGGCAUUUUUUAAAACACCGAAGUAAACAAUGGACGUGAAUCCGUGUAUGGUUCUUUUUUGUUUUUUCUGAUUUUGUUUUAAAUCGGAAUAUUCAAAGAACGAACCAUACACGGAUUGAAUCGAAGACGAAAUUGUUGUUGUUGUGUUUGAAACUGGCGCGAGGGUUCUUCUGCGCGCCUAACCUGACGCUUGAUCAUUGUGUGGUGGUUCAACCUUCAACGCGUCAACGCACCAACGCAGCUAGAUGAGUCCAUGUCCAUGCAAGUGAACGGAGCGUUCCCUCUUCGUCAUAACUAUCAAACCAAACAUCCUUCACAUUCACCGAGCGAACAUUAUGAAAGUAAAAUGCACAUUUCUCGCUAAAAAUGUUUCCUUAAACGCCUUUAAUGGCCUAACUAUGUUACUAUUUCCACCCUGAAUAAAGAAAGAUGUCGGACGUAUGCUUCUGUCCAAGCUCACUAGCGGAGACGUUUGCAGUGACGUCAUGACGUUGCUCACGCCGGCUCCGUGGCUGGCUCUCGCCGGUGUGAAACCAACCGGUUCUUAACUGGGGUAAGGCUGGAACCAGUUUGGAACUGGCCCUAGCACCAGCCCGGAACUGGCUCUCGGUUCUUUUUGGUGUGAUAGCGGCACCAGUGCAACUUUCGAGGCUUAAAAAUAAACAUUCAAUUUCUUGUCUUUUUUACACUUAGUAAGUUUCAAUAACUCCAUACCAUUACAUACCGGCAUUUAAGCAGCAAAGAUGAGACGUCGGUUGUGUGGUGAGAACUGAUACAAAAUCGAUAACAACAACAAUGCCGCCAUUUUCUUUAUUUUUUGUAACCUACAAUAAAUAAAGCAGGCUUCCAGUCAAUGGAAAAAUGGCUUCUCCCCACCGGCGAUUGUUGUUGUUUAUGAUUUUCUAUCAGUUCUCACCACACAACGACGUCUCAUCUUUGCUCCUUGAAUGUCGAUAUGUAAUGGUAUGGAGUUAUUGAAACUUACUACGUGUAAAAAAGACUAGAAAUUGAAUGUUUAUUUUUCAUUGAAUGUUUACAUAAAGUUGCACUGGGUGCUUUAAUAAAUAUUAUAAAUAAAUAUAUACGUCACAUUUAACAUCACAGUACACCUUCAACCUAAGGAUUUGCGGUGAUAUGUUAAAACAAUUAUUAAAAGCACUGCUGCUGCGGCUCCCCGUUUAGCGCCAUUGCUUCCACUGUUCUUUUGAAUAGACGCAGUGCAUUCUGGGGCAGUUGAGUACGUCUAGUAAGCUAGCGAUGCCAGAGCCCGUCUCAUAUUAGACAUGAUACUACUCGCUUACCUAAACUCGCUUACUAAGUUCUCGCUUACUCAAUUUGACGUCAUAGUUAGUACGAGUAGUAAGCAAGUACGCGGUUUCGAACACACCCGAUGACUUGUUCUUUGGCUGUCGAACCCUCUUCUCCGGUAAAUAAUAACGGCUAAAAAUAAAUUAAAUCAUCUUAAUUUCACUGAGAUGACAGGAGAUCGUUACCAUUUUCGAGACUCUUUGAAAUAUUACUUGUAUUUUUGCUUUAAUUGCUGAUAAGAUAAGAUCAUAGUUCAGGAUAGGACGUUAAACAGGUCAUAAUUCCAUCUUUACUAUCUAUUUUAUAUUGCCGGGAAACGUAUCAAUCAUAAUACUGAGCCGAUCUGAACACAUCAUAUUUGACACUGUUUGCGACUUUUUUUUUUAAGCUAACUAGCUCUAUCUCCUGCGGAUUUUAACAUGGAUUUAAAAACUGGAUUACUAUUUUUAACUGACGGGACUUUCUACACCGUCCGGUUGUGUGAUUGCUACCGCUGCUUUGAACUCUGAGCCCGUCUGCACACCGUCUUCAGCAGCAGCAGCAGCUGUUGACAGUUUUCGGUUGGACUAGAGCCGAAGAGAUACGGAGUUGAAGGAAUAAAUUACUAGGAAGCACUCGAGCUAGCACUCUAGUCUCAUCUCCAUAGGACGCGACUAGGACGCGUCCUAGCAAGGCUGCAGCCUUCACUUUGGGAAACAGCCCGCAUUUGAAGGACCCUUGGAAUUGGGAUAGUGCCCUAUAUAGUGGACCACUGAGAAUUCGAACACCCUACAAAAUGGCGUGCACCCUAUUUAGUGCACUACAUCCAUGAUAGGGAACGAUUUCGAACACAGCUAUGUAAUGCCCAACUUUUAUUUUUUAUUUUCCGAUUUCCGGUGUGCUGGUAGAUGUUUCUGUGCGUGGACGUCUGCAGCGGAAGUUCGUGUGGGUGGAUGUCUGCAGCCAGACUCUCUUUUUAAGGACUGCAUGUCAACGUACUUCCGAGCCAGGC